UGCUACAUUUUAUUUUAUACAGUGAGAGUUUUUUUGUUUCAUUUGGCGACCACCGACUUCACCGCUUUAAUUCAGAAGCACAUCACAGAUUAUAACCUACAUGCUGAGUAGGCCAUUGGCUCAUGGCUCCCCGUUUUCUGUGUGCUGCGGUGUGUUGAGGGCCGUCUGCCUACGAGAGAGGAAUAUUUAAAUGUCUUGUGUUUUAAUUGACGCUCGAACUAGAACUGUAAGCUCAGAAACGAGGAACAGCCCCCCAUCUACCGGCAGCCUCUCCUCUGUCUCCUCUGCACACUGCGCACAGUCCGGAGCGGCUCAGUCUGCACGCUGCACAGGGAUCUCACACACUGCACAGCCGCAGACUGGGCCGGCUCUGCUCUCUUCACAAAUAGGACACGGUUCUCAAAUCCAGGCAGUCCCAACCUGACCUCCAAGCACCGAGGAACCCCGGACUGGGAAACUGGGAGAGAGAGAGAGAGAGUCACCAAAAAGAAACAACAACACACAAAAAAACUUUGUGUCAUUAUUUUGGCCAGUGUUCACACUCCCUCCCCUCCUCCCUCCUCAAACUCCACUUCCACACCGGCCUGUCGCAUCAUUUGGACUAUAUGUUUUUUUUUUUUUGGUUUUUUUCCUGGAGGAGAGACAUUCACAGGAAGAAGGAGAGCUCCUCCUGCCCCACUCAUGCUGUAGUUUCUUCGUUUUGUCCUUUUUCUUCCCGUUGCUUCUGCUGAGGAGGUGAUCUGAAUCUCUGGGGUUGUGUCUAUUUUUUUCCUUCUUCUUCCUUGUGCCUCUUUUUAGAGCCUCAGAGCCCAUUUGGAUGCGCUGAGAGAGCGGGGCGCAGCGCUGCAGUGCAUUAUAUGGAAGUUGUGGGCUGCAAGACAGAGGCAGGCAGUUGCACGUUGCGUCCAGGACCUGGAGCCAUGCUUUUCCACGGGAUCUCCGGGGAUCACAUCCAAGGAAUCAUGGAGGAGAUGGAGAGAAGGUCGAAAACGGAGUCUCGCCUGGCGAAGGGCAUGCAGCUGAACGGGAGAGAGUCGAACAUGCCUUCUAUGAGCCCAGAGAAGCCAGCCCUGUGUGCCGGCUGUGGCGGCAAGAUUUCGGAUAGAUACUACCUCCUGGCCGUGGACAAACAGUGGCACCUGCGGUGCCUCAAAUGCUGUGAAUGUAAACUAGCGCUGGAGUCGGAGCUAACGUGUUUUGCCAAGGAUGGGAGUAUCUAUUGCAAGGAGGAUUACUACAGAAGGUUCUCCGUGCAGAGGUGCGCGCGUUGCCACCUCGGGAUAUCGGCCUCGGAGAUGGUGAUGCGAGCGCGCGACUCCGUGUACCACCUGAGCUGCUUCACGUGCACCACUUGCAACAAGACCCUGACCACGGGCGAUCAUUUCGGCAUGAAGGACAGCCUAGUGUACUGCCGACUCCACUUCGAGACGCUGGUGCAGGGACCGGACUACCACCCCCAGCUCAACUUCGCCGAGCUGGCAGCCAAGGGAGGCGGCCUCACUCUACCCUACUUCAACGGCACCGGCACGGCACAGAAGGGAAGGCCACGCAAGAGGAAGAGUCCGGCCAUGGGGAUAGAUAUACCGAGCUACAACACAGGCUGUAACGAGAACGACGCCGAUCACUUGGACCGGGACCAGCAGGCCUACCCUCCGACGCAGAAGACCAAACGCAUGCGGACCUCCUUCAAGCACCAUCAGCUGCGGACAAUGAAAUCCUACUUUGCCAUCAACCACAACCCCGACGCCAAGGACUUAAAGCAGCUGGCCCAGAAAACAGGCCUCACUAAGAGAGUCCUACAGGUUUGGUUCCAAAACGCAAGAGCCAAAUUCAGAAGGAACGUUUUGCGACAGGAGAAUGGAGGUGUUGAUAAGGCUGAUGGCACCUCACUCCCUCCGCCCUCAUCCGACAGUGGGGCCCUGACCCCCCCCUCCAGCGCGGCCACACUAACAGACCUGACAAACCCCUCUAUCACUGUAGUGACCUCCGUCACCUCUAGUUUGGACAGCCAUGAUUCGGGGAGCCCUUCGCAAACUACCUUGACAAACCUUUUCUAACAAGCUAGCAGACUGAUUCUGUUUGGGUUUGUUUCCCUUUUUUCUUUCUUUUGCUUUUCUUUCUUUGUUUGCUUUCUUCAGUUUCACAUUUUAUUUUUUUAAAGUGACACCUUUAAGUCAAGCAGAGACAGCUCCCUGGAACACAAAGUGCUGCGCUGUGCAAACAAGAGCAACAAGAGCAACGAGCAGCAGCGGCCGCAUUAAGACACGAGGAAACCAUUUUAAUGUGUAGCAUUUGAAACUGCAGAUGCAGAGAUUGACUCGGGACGGGACGUUUUUGGAGGCGAAGGCUUUAGGAAGGAAAAAAAAAGUUUGCCUGGAAAACUUAAUUUGUACAUUUGUCUUGAUUCUGGUUAAAAAAAGAGUGAAAACGAGCCCUCCUUAAUUUAUGCUUAAUUGGUCAAGUUUAAAAACGUGCCGCUACUCUGCCCUCAGACCUGUACAUGUAUGCACUGUGUUCGCACUAUCCGAUUUAAAUAUUUUCUUUCUGUUUUGGACUCAUUUGGGAAAAAUAAACUUGUAGAAUGUUCUGUAUAUGGGUAACUCCAGAAAACAGGCUUUAAUUAUUUCCGAAUGUUUCGGUCUUAAAGACUGAGUUGGAUGGAAUCAGAGCUGCACGCGAGAGAAAGAAGACGAAGGAGAAAAACGUGCAGAUAGGAAACUUUACUGUGACGAGGAGAGAGAAGCGAAUCCCUCGAUCUGUACAGUGGUAACUGUUCAACGUGCGACGUCGUCACCUUUUCGACAAUUAGACACCGGCCGGAGAAAUCCUGAUUGGAGAGCAGUUAACGAUUGUUUUCACGACAGAGCACUUUUUGGUUUUUUGCCUCUUUUUUGUCGUCGUCUCGUCGCAGAUUAACCCGGAGAAAAAGCCUGGCGAGCGUAGAUCCACAGCUAAACUCGAUUGCACAGUGACGAUACACUGCCCAGUGAGAAGUGCAUUAUUGUUUUUAUCAUGUUGCUCAGGGUAACGAAAAAAGAACAGAGCAGGGCGAGGAGCGAAGCGGCCGCGACGUAGAUUUGCAGAGCUGACAUGAACAUUCAGAUGACCUCAUAGAGGUGGAGUCGUGAGAGGCAGCCAGCGGGAAAUCGCUGUCCGUGCGUUCUCCUUUUCGGCCGUAUACUUCUGCUUCGUUUAACGACACUUGCCACUGAACAGACCAAAAAAAGGGAAAAAGAAAAAACCACGUUUCUUCUGGCUGAAAGGUAGAGAGCGAGAGGAAAGGAAAGGGCGAGCAAAUCUUCAAUGGAGUCGACGCAUUUCGUCGCGAGCGGGCGUCACGGUUCGUUCCGUCGGGGGGCAAAGGUGGCGCCCCCGAUCUACUCGAUGAAGUAGAUACCUAACUCAGUUCUUCUAUGUGCCUUACGCUAUAACUUGGGAGAAGUUUGUGAAAUUCAGGAUCUAUGUGUUCUUUGUUAACUGAUUCACAUCCUUUUUGGCGCCUCACUAGUUUUGUACUGUUUUGCAUCUUAUCUCCGAAGAUCUUUUUAUGGUGUAUCCUGUUAAAAAGGGGGCAGCGAUGUCACAGGAAGCAUUUGUGCACUCUUUCAGAUAUAGUUGGGUAAUCCGAGAACCUUAUAUAUUGAUCUUCGUGUUAAUAGUUGAGUACAGUAAGUGUUCUAUCAAGAUUGUCCAUGUUUCCCUGUUUCUUGACAAAGAUGGUGUAUAGAAACUAUUUCCCCUUAAAUAUUUAUGGACCAAACGGUUGUUAUAUAUCUUAUUAAAUUUGUGUGAAUAAAAAAAAAAUACUUUGCUUUAAA